AUUUUUAAGAAAGAAAGAAGAUCCAUGUCGUUUUGUUGUAGGAUGAUAAAUCAAUAGGUUACGAUGUGUUACUGACUGUAGCACAUAAAUUAUUAGUUCACCAUGUUGCUGCCGUCCGACGUAGCGCGGCUUGUUUUGGGAUACCUUCAAGAAGAAGGAUUGCCCUCCUCUAGUCGAGCAUUCAUUCACGAGAGCCCCAAUUUAAAAGAGUACGUUGAACACAACACCGAAGAUGGAGCCAUCCCCGCUUGUGUAUUUUCGUUGUUUGGGAAGAGCCUGAUAACCAUCUUGAAUGAGUAUGUGGCUGCGAAAGCUAAAGGUAGGUAAUCUGCCUUUGUGUCCAUUCAAAAAAUGUUAAACAUUUUUAGUCGUGUCACUGACCAAUUUGUAACCUUUGUUGCAAAAAUAUUUCCAGAGACCAGUCACGAAGUACCUGCUAUAAUGACUUCACUAUGGAAAAAGCUGGAUUUUACUUUGAAUCAAAUCAAAUCAUUACAGAACUCUCCUGCAAUCUCAGCAUGUCAAAGAGUACGUUCACGGACUGGAGUGGCAAACAUGAGGAGACAGCGAGCCUUGACCUCGUCCGCAGCUUACAGUGGAGUCUGCUCCUCAGCGUCUGAGAUUGGGCCUGUUAUUAGUCCCAUUCAUACAACCCACAUGCCAGGCCAGAACACUCCUGUGAGCUACACAGCCCAGCAGAGCAGACCUGCCUCUAUCAGUGGGACACACCUUCAGAUCCAAGAAGGAGAUUUGCCGGUACAUGUACUCAUUCCAGACCAGAGAAUAACUUCAGGCCCAAUGUCUCCAGGGCGAAGAAAAUGGGAUCCCCCCCGGAGACGAGGCAGUGGUCCGAGUUGGUCCAGUGGAAUUGGGAAGUCCUCCAUGACAGUUAGUAGCCUGGCUGUUGAACACCAGCCUGAGGAGCAACUAGUGAUACAAAACGCACGUGAGAAGAUAUUAGGUGACAGAUCACUACAAGAGAAGCUUGCUGAAAACAUCAACAAAAUUCUUGCAAGUGAUCCAACUCCUCAGACAGUUAAAUCAUCAUGCUGUACGGUGGAAUCCGAUCAGUCUAUUGAUGAAAUUCUGGGACUGCAGGGAGAAUUCCACAUGAGUGAUGAUGCCAUCCAUGACAUCUUGGAGCAAACAGAGUCUGACCCUGCCUUUCAGGCUCUCUUUGACCUCUUUGAUUACAAUAAAACCAGAAUUAUUGACAUUGAACCUGGAGAAGGGGCUGUGAGCUGCAGUCCAGAGGAAAGUGAUUCUGUUGGCCCUCCAUCUACCGAUAAGCCUCCUAAGAAUGAAGAGCCAGGAACUGCACAGAAAGAUGCAACAAGUACUCCAGUUGCAACACCAGCUGCUGGGCAGUUGAGGACAGGACAAGAGCCUAAGACCAGGAAAACCAGAAAGUCUGUUGUCUCCAGCUCUUCAAAGAAAACAGUUCUUAAUUUCAGUGGCAGAUUGUCCAGACUUGAUAACACUGCAGCCGGUUUGUUGGUCACUCAUGAAAAACAAUUGGCCAACUCCCCCUCCUCUGCCACAGUGGACUCUAACAGAGGAGAAAAUGACUCUCUGCCUUGUGGUAAUGGUGUAGCACCCAUGGAUGUAGAUGAAACUCUGAAUAAUUCUCCUCGAUCUUCUGAAAGCAAGGACUCUCAGGGGGCGUUACAGCCACUCGGCAAGGAAACCACUCCCACCAUCACUGCAUCAAUCAUCACAAACUCAACAAACAGGAGUAUUGGAUCUGCUGCACCAGAAACCAUAUCUGUAUUAAAUUUAAACCAAAUGGAGAACAAACAAGUACAAGGCAUAUCAGAAAAUACAAACGCUGUAGAGGAGAAUAGAAUGGGCAUUCAUGCAUCCCCUCUUUCAGGUCCUUCUUGUCAGUCUAGCUUUGUUUCACCUGUAUUGGAUAAGUCAGGUAAGACUUCUCCACAAAAUGACUUGCCUCAUGUGACAGUGGCAGAUCCGGUCAGUGGAAAAAACCCUCAACCAGUGGCUUCUUCCUCAGUAACUUCUCCUGAAUCAGUCUCAACCUCAUCUCCUACUGCCACACCAAACCAUCAAACUAUAAACCCCAUCGCCCCAAACAAGGAUACAGUCGAGCCCACUAACAUAAUUUCCCUAAAGAUCAUCAUCGAUGAGCAGAAUGAGGCUUGCUCAAGUGACUCUGCAUUGAAUCAGGCUGUUUCCAGCAUCUCUGGAGACAAUAUACCGACCAUCUUCCUUUCGUCUCCAGCCAAGUUACCUGCCAGAGCCCCUGCCAGAGUCCCAGACACACCACAGACAAAUCAAGAUGAGACUGCACAGGCAGUCUGCAGCCUCCAGAGCUCUGAGGUCCUCCAACCUGUAGCAACAGAGGCUCAUUCUGUUAGUAGGAAAACUGGGGUGCUAGCUGCACCUACAUUAAGUGGGACAUCACAGACUCAACCAAGCUACAUAUUUCAACUACCUUUGGAUGCUACUAACUCUCCCCUCCCAAGGGCCACUACCAGCUUCCUUCUUGUGACUGACCCCUCAGCGGCAGACCCUCAGGCAAGACAAGUGUUGGUACCUGCUGGAAUCCCUCAAGGGCACCCUUCUAUGGCCACACUGCCGCACUCUCAGAGCUAUCCCACUGCAUCAACGCUUGUCUUGCAGUCCUCUGUUCAGCCCAUGAUGGUUCCUGUAUCUGUUAUGGGGCAAAACGCUGUUGGAAAGUUCCAGAUGGUCACCAAUCAGCUUGUCACAGUACCAAGCCCUGUAUCAAUACAGCAGCCAGAAAUGGUCCAACCCAAAGACCCCACAGUGGCCCAUAAGCAGUCCAAAGUUUCGGGUAUAACACAAACUACAGAAAAAAAUGUUGGUAAACUGGUCCAACCCUCGUCUGCUGAAAACCCAGGCCUACAGAAGAUGCCACUAGGGGCUAGUCCCAGUCAUAGGAGGAUCCUCUGCUUUGACUCCUCUGGAGAGGCCCCGCCCCAGCUGCAUACAGCCAAAACAACGACACCCACCACACCUUCAACCACAUACAGUCCCCUAACACAACCUGCACAACUGACUGAGAAAGAUAACCCUCAACUGGCCCCUCGAACAAAGCCAGCUAUCCUCAGUGGCAAUAAGCCCAAGAGAAGGAUUUAUGUUGGAAAAUGUACUGAUGACACCCAGGCUGGGUUAGGGCUGUCAGGAGCAAAGAAUAAAUCCCCACAACCACAGCAGGAAGUAACUGAAAGAAAGACACCUCGCAAACAGAGUCACAAAGUCUGUGACCAAAAAUCGCAAAGUUUGAGCGAUAUUAGGGCUGAUGCCUUGAAACCUGGCUCCUUGAAGAAAUUACUCUCAAGUGGGAGAUCAAAAUCUGUUGAGAGGAAAACUAAUAAUGAUGGCAAUGGUAAUCAAGCAAAAUCUAAGGAUUCCAGUAUUUCAAAAUCAUCGUCGUCUGACAAUUUACUGAAAUCCGGGAGCAGGAAGGAGAAUGAGGAAGCCGGCAGGAAAGACCCAGCAGAGAAAGGCCUUGCCAAAUCACGUGAAGGACGUACAGAGAAAAGGACCUCCUCACAGGAGUCACCUAAUGUGACAGCCAACAAGGAGAAUGAGAUAGAGGGGAGCAGGCGAGAGCUGCAACAACAGUCUACAUCCUCUUCAGAACGAAGAGAGUCAAACCUACCCCCUGUCACUGCAGCAGCAGCAGCAACAGCUCCUCCUACUUCCCAGUCCAACUCCAGUAAAGUGACCUCCAAGACAAGCUCUCUGGCCAAACAGGCGGCUGAGAUGCUCCAGGACAUCCAGGGACUCAACUCUCCCUCUACCCCAGCCAAGAAGGCCUGCAUAGGCCAUACAGAUGCUCCCAUUCCUCCAACUUCUCAGCCCAGUCGUAUCCAGGAAGACAUUAUGGAUUGUCCCAGGACCCCUGCCCGACAGAGGCAGGAUAGAGUGGGAGAGGGUACUCCCAGGCACCCGAUGCCCCCUACCACCCCAGAGCUCCCUACCUGCAGCCCAGCCAGUGAGGCUGGCAGUGAAAAUAGCAUCAACAUGGCUGCUCACACUCUCAUGAUCCUGUCACGUGCUGCCAUUGCCAGAACAGGCAGCCCAUUGAAGGACAGCUUGCGUCAAGAGGAGAUAGGAGAAAAGUCUCCCACUACCUCCAAGAACUCCAAAAAGCGCAAGCAGCCUUCUCCACCUGCCAGCCCCCCAGUCAAGAAGGAGUUGAAACGUCUAUCCAGCAGCAAAAAGAAGGAAAAGAAACACAAGAAAAUUUUGGAUUGCUUCCCUGAUGAUUUGGAUGUGGACAAGUUUCUCUCUUCUCUUCACUACGAUGAGUGACACUGGUCACUAGUUGGAAUACUGAGGACUUCCAGAUCACAACCUGAUUAGAUUACUUUCCAGGAAUAGUACAAGCCAUCUGCUAUUAAAGUGCCUAAAACACCCUUCAGUAGCCUUGCCUGAGACCUUGUAAUUUCUUCCUUGGCCAAUUAAAUAAUCUUCUUCUGCAGUUUGGAUAGCAUCCACAUAGAAUCAGUAUUAACUGUAGGUCAACCAGGAAACUGUCAACUUAAGUUAAUUAAUUCAUUUGAUCUGAUUAUCCAUGUUCUGUACUGCAGCAAAAGAUUUGCAGAAUUUAGAGCACCUCUGUGUAAGUGGCGCUGGUAGUAAAGGUCAGAUCUCAAAGCAUAUCCUUGGUCAAUAUUUGACUCUUAUGAAUGCAGCUAACACUGUUUUUUUCUGGGUUAGGGUUUAAAUGAUAUCAAGGCAAAUGUCGGGACAUAUGAAUUUAAAUCUAAGUUUAAUGAAUCCUGCACCAAAAGAUUCGCAGAAUUUAGAGGACAUCUAAGUGGCGCUGGUAGUAAAGGUCAGAUCUCAAAGCAUAUCCUUGGUCAAUAUUUGACUCUUAUGAAUGCAACUAACACUGUUUUGUCUGAGUUAGGGUAUAUAUGACAUCAAGGCAAAUGUCUGGACUUAUGAAUUUAAAUCUAAGUUUAAUGAGGAAUCCUGUUGCGUACUUGUCAUCAUGUACGUUUCUUGCUCUGAAGUCUGGUUCAUCCAUCCAUCCAUCUAUUAUCCAAACCGCUUAUCCUGCUCUCAGGGCCGCGGGGAUGCUAGAACCUAUCCCAGCAGUCAUUGGGCGGCAGGCGGGGAGACACUCUGGACAGGCCGCCAAGCCAUCACGGGGCCGACACAUUCGCACCUAGGGACAGUUUAUUACGGCCGAUUCGCCUGACCUGCAUGUCUUUGGACAGGAAGGAAAUGCAUGCGGACACGGGGAGAACAUGCAAACUCCACACAGGACGACUUCUGUCUGGUUCAUUGAAAGAUUAAAUAUUGAAAUGUUAAUUUGUGAAGGAAACUCAUGUUUAUAUAUUUUCAUAGAUGAGAAUAAUUCAAAGUUUGAAAGACGCAAAAAUGUAACUGUCUUGUUCAAACUUGUUUACCCCGGUUAUGUUAGUUCCCAUAAUCAACAUAUUCUAAAAAUGUUUUUUAAUAAACAAUGAA